AUGAGAAGAAGUCAAGUGGAUCCUAAGGAGGUCUACAACGGGUGUGUCUUUACUCUUGCGGGGGGAUCUAUAUGCUGGAAAUCGUCAGUUCAAUCUAUAGUAGCUAUGUCUACAACUGAGGCAAAAUACAUGGUUGUAGAUGAAGCUACCAAGGAAGCAUUAUGGCUUACAGAGUUAGUGAAAGAGUUAGGUGUUGAGCAACGUGGAGUUCAGUUGCAUUGUGAUACAACAUUUGGAGUCGGUGCUGUUCAGGUUCUUGCUACGAUUUUAACUUUGUGGUUAGCAGACAAAUCUGGUCGCCGGCUUUUACUUAUUGUUUCUUCAUCUGCAAUGGCUUUGAGUCUUUUGGUUGUUUCAAUAUCAUUCUACUUGAAGGAAUAUAUAUCACCAGAUUCUGAUUUAUAUGCGACAUUGAGCCUCGUAUCGGUGGCUGGAGUUGUGGUCAUGGUUAUUGCAUUCUCUCUGGGAUUAGGAGCAAUGCCAUGGAUUAUAAUGUCUGAGAUUCUUCCGAUUAACAUCAAAGGCCUAGCUGGAAGUUUUGCAACACUUUCCAAUUGGUUCUUUUCCUGGUUGGUUACAUUAACAGCAAAUUUGCUCUUGGAUUGGAGUUCGGGAGGAACCUUCACAAUAUAUACUGCAGUGUGUGUUUUCACAGCAGGAUUUGUUGCCAUUUGGGUCCCCGAGACAAAGGGAAAAACUCUUGAAGAAAUACAACAAGAGUGGUUAUUAUACAUUUCAAUUAGAGUAGCAGUGGUUUCGGUUCAUGACAUUUCAAAUAGCAAGAGGAUCAUAUAA